AUGAACAGGACAGAUCCGGCGUGCGCAACCUGCCGCGAAAAAUGUCGGCGCUGUGACCGAACAAGACCUACCUGUAGGCGAUGUGCUGCAAAAGGGCUGGAAUGUAAAGGGUAUCCUGAAAGAUUUCGGUUCCGCAGCGUGACCUCCCCCGGCAAAAAAAGCGGACAAAGGCGCAAAUCAACAAUUUCCAAUCAUGUCAUUCAAUUUGAAGAGGAAUCUCCACAGGAGGCCAAUUCAUUGGAGGCAACAAAUGAGGGCUCAAGAAAAGGGACCAGCCCCCAGCUGGACCUGCAUGAAUCUGCAUAUUGGGACAUAGAUAUCACGCUUGAUUCAUCAUCUGCCAAUAGCAGCCCUGUGUCACGCCAUCUUACCAACACCUCGGAACUAAAUGAUUUGCUCGCAAUGACCCGGACGCAGUCCCUCCUAACACACUACGACAAAGUGAUAUGUCCACAUCAAAUCAUGCUCUCCGAGACCGACACCAACAAUCCGUACCGAUCAUAUGUCCUGCCGUUGGCAUACGAACAGCUCGGUGUGCUUUACGCAGUUCUCGGUCUUUCGGCUUGUCAUAGAGCCCUUACAGUUGGAGAAAACGACCUCCGUGAAGUGGCCGAUGAGUAUCGACUCAGGCUGGACGUAAUUCGAUCAUUUUCAGACCCGAAACGACUAUGCGUCUCAUCGGAUCUACGUAGGAAAAUCGUUGCUCUAAGUACGUCAAAGUUUGAGCAGGUAAAUGGAUGUCCACGAGAGCUGUUCCUCGAGGUCGGAGACGCUUUGGAGUAUGCAAAGGCUCGUCAGGUACAGAAUAUGGAUUUUUCCGAAUACAAAGAGCUCCUGAUGGGUGUAUACCUGAGUAUAAAUUUAUGGAAGCUGCCGAAUUCGAACUUGCCGGAUGAUGGGUCCAAUUGGGGUGCAGUAUAUGAAAGCUUUCGACAUGCAUUUCUACUAUAUACGUCCCGGCUUUUGUCACCUGAGCAACCCGCUGAGCUACCAAUCAUCCGGGAGUCAGUGGAAGCCGUAUUGGAUGCGGUAUCCGAGAUCCCAUCCAGCCUGAUCGACUUGGCCAUCUUCCCACUAUUUAUUGCAGGAACCGAUACCCUCUCUUUACAUUCACGCCAUUAUAUCAUACUAAGACUUGAUGCCAUUAGGUCUGUCGCAGGAUUCAGUAAUGAUCUUCCGAAAAUGUUAUUACGCCAAGUCUGGGAAGCCCGUGGGAAUCAGCCAAAAUGGGACUCACGCAACAUAUUAUGGACAUCAUUUGUAAACAUCAUCUUCCCCGGUCCUGAAUUUUGA